GCUGCUCGCCUCUGCCCACUUUGAUAUAUUUUCUUUGAUAAUUUUCCUCUAACCAGCUAUCGCAUUCGUUUUUAUUAUUCCAAAAAUCAAAUCCCUAAUUUUUCAACCUAUCCCUGUUACGAUGUUUUCUUCCUCUUGCUGGUCGCUGCCAUCGCUCCUCUCUACUCUGCUGGUGCUUCCCCCUCUGGUCUCUGCGCUGCCUCUAGCAGCAGUAGGUUUUUGCGUUGUCCCUUCUUGUUUUGCUUCUCGUCUAUCUGGUUCAAUUCCUGUGAUUAUCAUGUGUUUGUCUUUUGAGGCUAUAAUUUCUGCUUGGAAUUUACACACUUUUUCCCCCCUUCAGUUGAUUUAUAUUUCUGAUCCUUUUCUGAUUGUUGUUUCUGAAUUGGAUUGAGGAGUUACAUAACAGAAAUAUAUUAGGUUGUUGAUGAUGCAGUCACAGUUGAAAUUUAGUAGUCCUAUAUAUAUUAUUCUGAUUUCAGCAAUUUGCAGUGCACGGACCAAUGUGGUUCUGCAUUUAAUUGGUAGCUCUUUGCUUUGAUGCAAAUCAGCAAAUGUGACUGCAUGCUUUUGUUCUGUGUUUCUAAAAGAAUGAAGACAUUAGUUGGGUUUAGGAACUGAGGUGUGCUGCUUGUCUUGAGCUUUGGGCUAGAGUUCUCUGACCGUUUUACACGCAGAAGAUUCUUGCAUGUGUCUCAACUUCACCCGGUUGUUCUUCCAGAGGACUUAAUUGAUAAUGAGACUGUGACACUUGAUCAGGUAUUAAGAUUGAGAAUGUUUGAUUCCUAAGCUUUUCGUUAUGCAUAGCAUCAAAUUCCAGCCAUCUUCUUCAAUUGAAAAUAAUAUAUUUUUGAAUUAAUUAUCUUCUGGGGGUUGCAAGAUUCAUUCUUUUCUUUCUGAUCCCAAACUAAAAACGAAGGCAGAAAAACAAUUUUGUUGGUUUUGGGAUUAUUGAGAAAUGGAGAAGGUAAUAAACAUUCUGAAGCCGAAGCCGAACCCUCAACAGUUGUUGAGAGAUUGGCAGCGUCGCCUUCGCCAGGAGUGUCGCAACAUUGAGCGCCAAAUUCGCGAUAUACAGAGAGAAGAGAAGAAUGUACAAAAGGCGAUUAAAGAAGCUGCGAAGAGGAACGAUAUGGGCUCUGCAAAGGCCCUUGCUAAGGAACUUGUGAGAUCCAAGAAAACAAUAAACAGACUUUAUGAAAAUAAGGCACAAUUGAAUUCAAUAUCAAUGCACCUUGGAGAAAGUGUGGCAAUUGCUCGUACUGUGGGACAUCUAUCCAAGAGUGCCGAGGUUAUGAAGCUUGUCAAUAACCUCAUGAAGGCUCCUGAAAUGGCUGUGACAAUGCAGGAGUUCAGCAAAGAAAUGACAAAGGCAGGAGUUAUCGAAGAGAUAGUUAACGAUGCUGUUGACUCGGCUCUAGAUUCUGAGGACAUAGAAGACGAGAUCGAAGAAGAAGUUGACAAGGUACUGACAGAAAUAGCUGGUGAGACAGCUGCAGAGCUCCCCGAAGCCGUCUGGAAACAAAAGUUGAAGCAACCUGAACAAAGGGUUGGAGCCAGUGGAGGGGAAGAGGCUAUAGCUGAGGGUGUUGAUGAUGAGGAAGAAAUGGAAGAAAUAAGGGCAAGACUUGCCAAAGUUAGGUCAUAACUCAUAAACAAGGCUUCAGUACCUAAUAAUAUACAUUGCAAGAGAAGAUGUGGAGAGAAGUUUGCAUCCUGUUUGUGAUAGUUUGAUUGGAAAAGAGAAAUAAUGGGAUGGGACAGAUUGUAUGUAAUACACGAAAGUUGUAUGAAUGGGUAAUAGAUCUUUUGGGACUCUACAUGAUCAACGCGCGAAUAUAUUAGUGUCUUUUUCGAAA